AUGGCCGACCGCGACUCCAUCGCCGCCCGCAUCUCUCCCUCCUGCCCGGCCGAAACCCAGCGCAUUCUAACAGCCGCAUGGGCCCACGAUAUCGCCGCCGUCAAGAAGCUCCUGGACGAUCCCAGCGUAGCCCGCGCCCAAGACCCCACGACCGGCGAGACCCCCUUGCACGCCGCCAUCCGCUCAUGUGGCACUCCCUCCGAGGAAGAUGACGAAACGGACCUGGAGAACGCGAGACAGACAGUCAGGGAAUUGUUGCUCUGGGGCGCGAUCUGGAACGAUGUCGACGACCACAAUGAGACUCCCGGGUGUGUGGCACUGAGGCUGGGGAGAAAGGAUUUGUAUGAGCUGUGUGUGGAGGCAGGCGUAAGGGCGGAGAUGUUGUUUGGGGUAUUGGAGGGGUAUGAGAAGUUGGGGAGUGAGGAUGGAGAGGGAGAGGAGGCGGCAGAUGGGGAUAUUGAAAUUAUUGGGGAGGAGGAUGUAACUGUGGAGGGGGGGAAUCAAAGCCAGAGCCAGAGUAUGGUUAUCGUAAGUGAGGAGGAUGGCGAGGAGGCGCCGGAGUUGGUUGAUGUGGAACAUUUGAAAGAGAGUCGUCAGGCCGAGGAGAAAAACGAAGAUGAUAAUGAGGAGGAGGAGGAGGAGGAGGAAGAGGAAGAGGAAGAGGAAGAGGAAGAGGAAGAAGAGCAGCCUCGCUUCAAACCCCCCGCAGAUGACAUUGAUCCUGUCACGUCCGAAGCCUACCUGCGCUCGAAGCUCACCUACUUCGAUGGUAAGCUAGUCGAUGAAGAAGGCAACGGCGUGAUGAUGGCCUGGGAGACCGACAUCAUGCGCCGCAGUGUCGACGCCCUCCUACCCGACCGCGCUGCAGGGAAGCGCAUCCUCAACAUCGGCUUCGGCAUGGGCAUCAUCGACAGCAUGUUUGCCGAGACCAAGCCCGCGAAGCACCACAUCAUCGAGGCACACCCCGCCGUGCUGGAGCACAUCUCCUCGUCGCCCAACUCCCGCUUUGGCAAGGCCUGGGAGGAGAGCGGGCCUGAACCGGGAGCAUACAAGGUCUAUGCUGGGCGCUGGCAGGAGGUGUGCCAGCAGUUGUUGAAGGAGGGUAAUGUCUACGAUGCCAUCUAUUUCGAUACUUUUGGUGAGGAUUACUCGCAGCUGCGCAUGUUCUUUACGGAGUUUCUUCCGGGCCUAAUGGACGGCCAGGGAAGGUUUGGCUUCUUUAACGGUCUUGGGGCGGAUAGACAGAUAUGCUAUGAUGUGUACACACGGGUUGUCGAGCUUCAUCUUGCUGAUGCAGGUCUCGACGUCGAAUGGACGGUCAUUGACGUCGACAUGGCGAGGCUGGCUGAGGCCGGGAAGGAUGAGUGGGAAGGCGUCAAGAGGAGAUACUGGACAUUGGACACCCUCCUCUCCCUCCUACGGCGGUCUCCAUGUGUCGCGGGCCCUAACCCUCUUCCUUCUUUCGACACUAGCGAUAAUAGUCGAAAGCUCUCUCUCACGCAGGAGGAAAAGCUAGCAAGUACUUUUGCCUUUCUUGCUAGUAUUUCCGACUCGCCUUAUCACGUGGUCGCUGCGGCUGUGGAAGAGCUGAAUGGAGGGAAUGGGAUCAGGGUUGUCGUCACAAUCAAUAGACGCGCGCCUGAUAGUGGGCAGGCGGUGCUACAGAGUGUGAAGAAGGGGCUUGAGGAGGUGUUGAAGUUGUUGAUGAAGGGCGGAAAGUAUCCCAAAAAACGUCUUUCAGACCGCCUUCUCUACGCUAUACUGAACCUUUCCAAAUACCGCAUCCUCUCUCGUAUCCGCUCCCGGCGCCCGGACGCAACCCAGGGUUUCUGCACUCUCUGGAGGCACAGAAAUAAGCCUUUCCUCGGCCUAACCCUCAAGCAAGUAAUUGAAGCCGUUCACAAAGCCAAAGAAUCCCUUUCCACAAAGCAGAGGACAGCGGCUAUUGCAUUCAUAACCUCUGCUGAGGCUCUGCUCAACCGGUUACAGGCUCUCGAGACAUGUCAGCCGGCUGAUGUCGUGCCAAAGAUCCACAGCAUGCUGGUAGCUGUGCAGAAGUUGGUUCGGCUCUCUCGUGAAAUCGAUCCCUUUUUUACCCAACUUCCCAACAACAACAAAAGCAUCGACUCGAAUAUACCUCACAUCUGGCGUAGUGUCAACGUUCGCUUGGCAAAAUUGGUCCGCUACCUUGACUGCACAGCCUACCUCAUUCAACUCGCCUAUGCAACCCCUCUAUUCAAAAACAGUGAAGUUAUAUGUCCCAUCCUCCCCGCAGACUUCUUCACCCGGCCUCAAGGACCUUCCUACCCAAACAUCAACAAACGGUUUUCUCUCCCGAUUUCCCUGGAAAACUGUCAGAAGGGUGUGCCACACACAGAAAUAAUCUGCCCGAAAAAGAUCCUCAAAAAUGUUGCGCUCUUGUUAAACGAGGAAGCAUUCCACGAGACCGUGAGGGAGGUGCUGGGGUCGGAGAGGAUUCAUGCAGAGGUGCAACUUCUAAUAUACUACGAGCUCUACGUCCCUAAAGAAAAGAAUUCCGGUAUAGAAAGGAAAAAACCGAGAGUCAUAGCCGCCAGCAAAGACGCCUGCUACCUCUGCAACCUUUUGAUUCACACACAUGGGGGCUUCUGGACGCCCAGGACACAUGGGAAUCUCUACCAUGCCUGGCGAGUCCCCUCUUGCGGUACAUGGAUGGAUGAGAGGCUAAGAAUGAUGAAUAUUAAGUUGAAGGAGAGGUUGAGCGAGAUUUUGAGCGGUGUCAUGAAGGGGGAGGAGAGGGUCGAGAGGGUAUGGAAUGAUGGUGAGAGUUCAGUUUGGAGUUUAGGGGUUGAAAAGUCGGCCUGUCCGUCUGUAUGCGACCUGGACUUAACGGAUGAGAAAGGGAAAGUGAAUGAGGUUUCCGGUGAUGGUUCUGGAGCUGGAUCAUCUCAGGGUACCGCCGUUGUCCAUAACAAUAACGCGCUUGGUCGCGUUGUAGAGGAGAUUUCUGAUGGCUUGUUGACUGAGAUCUGCUCGCUCAGCCGAAGAGCAUCCAAGGCCAGCCAGCAGCCAAGCCUUUAUCCCCACGAAGAACGGCUCACCCAACACUCCAGACCAGUUCAAGCCCCAGAACCUCCCAACCCAACCCCAACAUCAUCAACUGUCAAACAACAAUCUCCAUCCCUUCCCCCAGAUAUUCCUCCCAUACCGACAAGCCAUCCAACUCCUGUCCCAACUCCCUGGCCAUCAUCACUCCCCUCGCUACCACAGCCAACACCCUCAUCCUAUCCUAACACCAAGAACCCCUCGUCAUCAUCAUCAUCAUCAUCAUCGUCUUCUUCUUCUUCUCGGUCAAGUUUCCUCGAAACUCUAGCCCCUCGCCACGCCAAUUCCCAUUUCCAGCAUCCACGUUUCAUCCUCUCCUUCGUUCACAAGAGCACCACAGGUUAUUUCUUCCCUCAGACACACUCACAAAGUAAAUGGUUUACCGUCGCAUUAACGCGGCUGCUCCCCUCUGUCCGCAAAGGGGGAAGUGGACAGGGUGAUUUGUUUCCCCUUCCGGUUUCGAUCGUGUCAGCAGAUGUUCCUUGGCUUUUGGGGCAGGCGAACAAUGGCAGCACUGCUGGUGUCGGUGCCGGUGCUGCUGUCGGGUCAGUGGUAGUAAGCCAACAAAUUUCUAGCAUCAGAGCUAAGAAUGGAGAGAACGUCUUCAAAGCACACCUCCUACUUCUCCAGCAGCAACACGAACAAGUCAAGAAGGAAAAGGAAAAGGAGAUGGGGACACUUCUGGGGAGGAUGAAGAGUGCGGUGAGAAAGGGAUUAUUCCUCUGCCAAUGGAUGGGCUUCGUGGAAGGGACAAGGAUGUAUUUUUUGAGUGAGCAGAGGGAGGAGGGUUGGCAGUCAGAGCUUUGA